AUGGCCAAACGCCUCCAAGGUAAAGUUGCCAUCGUGACGGGCUCGUCCAGCGGUCUGGGACGUGCUAUCGCCACAGCAUUCGCUACAGAAGGCGCGCAGGUCUGCUGUGUUGAUCUGUAUCCAGGCUUGCGCAAUGCCAUCGACCCAGAGACUGGCAAAGCAGAUUCCUACCAUAACCGCAUCACGACGGGAAUUCCCACACAUGAGUCGCUGCCGGCGUCUUCCUCGGGCAAGCCUCACAUCUUUGUGCGUGCAGACAUGACUGUUGCUGGCGAUGUCGAGGCUGCCGUGGUCGAGUGUGUCAAGGUGUACGGACGGCUGGAUUUCAUGUGUAAUAACGCCGGGAUCACUGUCGAGUCGACGCAUACUCGCGUGAUGAGAGUGCACGAGACAUCCGAGGACGACUAUGAUAGAACGAUGGCGAUCAAUGCAAAAGGCGUCUUUCUAGGCUGCAAGUACGCCGUUCGGCAGAUGCUCUUACAGCCGCGCUCGGACGACUACUACAUUGUCAAUACAGCGUCUAUUCAGGGCCUGGUCGGCUAUCUUGGCACUCCAUCGUACUGUGCGUCUAAGGGAGCCGUGGUGCAGUUGACAAAACAGAUCGCGCUGGACUAUGGCCCAGAGCGGAUUCAUUGCAAUGCGUUGUGUCCUGGUUUCUUGAAAACGGCGAUGACCCAGAACCUCCAAAGCGAGCCCGAGAUCCUGGCAUCUAUCAGCGCGGCGCAUCCACUUGGAGGCAUGGGGAAUCCCGAAGACGUGGCACGAGCAGCAGUAUUCCUGGCGAGUAGUGAUGCACGGUGGAUUACGGGCGUUCCUCUCGCAAUCGACGGUGGGUAUACAGUUCAGUAG